AAAAGUACUAUGUCGUUCCCACUUCUGAAGAACUUCUCUGCAAUCGCGAAUUUAGUUUCACCAAAAUCCUUUCCAUCUUCUUCUAGCCGCCAAAUGCACGCAACUAGAUUAUCGACGGCAAAAAGGGGGACAAACCCGUCAGCUGAAUCGAAUAACCCAGAUGAUGAUCCAGCAAAGCAAGUUCGCGUCUUUGUAAGGAAAAAGAGAGCUGCGAAAACCGUCCAAGCUAUAGUUGAAGCAACUAAGCCAGAAAUUCUUGAUGAAAAGCCUUGCAGCUUACCAGAAAUUGAAGACUUUGCAUAUGGGAAACAAAGCAGUUUUUCUCGUUCGAAUGAAGUACAGCCUCCUGCCAACUGGGAAAAGGUCAUUGAAGGAAUUCGCAAAAUGAGGUCUUCUGAAGAUGCACCUGUGGACUCGAUGGGGUGUGAGAAAGCCGGUGUUUCACUUCCUCCCAAGGAAAGAAGAUUUGCAGUUCUCAUUUCUUCUCUAUUGUCGAGCCAAACAAAAGAUCAAGUUACUCACGGAGCUAUUCAACGGCUUCUUCAAAACGAUUUGCUUUCAGCCGAAGCCAUCGACAAAGCUGAUGAAGGUGUCAUCAAGGAACUAAUUCACCCCGUCGGUUUCUAUUCGAGAAAAGCAUGCAACAUGAAAAAAGUCGCAAAAAUCUGUCUCGACAAGUACGAUGGAGAUAUUCCCAGUACAUUAGAGGAGUUGCUCGAGCUUCCCGGGAUCGGCCCUAAAAUGGCUCAUCUGGUCAUGAAUGUCGGGUGGAACAAUGUUCAAGGAAUAUGCGUAGACACUCACGUGCACCGUAUUUGCAAUCGCCUUGGAUGGGUUUCACGCCCGGGCACUAAGCAGAGAAGUUCAACGCCGGAGCAGACCAGAGAAUCUUUGCAGCUAUGGCUACCCAAGGAAGAAUGGGUUCCCAUCAACCCUCUUCUGGUAGGUUUCGGGCAGACUGUGUGCACUCCUCUUAGACCGCGUUGUGGGAUAUGCAAGAUAACUGAUUAUUGCCCGUCGGCCUUCAAAGAGACACCUAGCCCGUCGUCCACACCGACGAAAAAACGAGCAUUGAUAGAGUAGUUGCACUAAGGAUUAAGGUCACUCAAUUAUUUUGUUGCGCCUUCUUGCAAUUGUAUGUUGUGAAUGAGAAGGUAAUGUAGAGUUAAAACCCUAGUAAAUAGCCUUAACCUUUUGAUUGUCUAUUUGUAAGGCUACCAUCACUUUCCUAACUGUGUUUGAAUAGUUAAAUUAGGAAUUUCUCCUUAGCUUGAUGGUGACA